GACUUUGCCAAAGAAAAAAGACAGCAUUCAAUGCAGGCAAACACUUCGCCCAACUUCAUGCUGUGCGCUACGAAGAUUUUUAUACCAUUUUAAAAAAAUAAAACAUGGCUGGAAGAGGUGGUUUUGAUCACGCUAGAGGAGGAUAUGGAGGCGACCGCCCACAAAAACAACUUCCGACCGAGUCCCCAUUCAUUGCUUAUGUUGGCAAUUUACCCCAGGGCCUGGUGCAGGGUGAUGUCAUGAAGAUUUUCCAAGAUUUUGAAGUAAAGAGUGUCCGUUUGGUUAAGGAUCGUGAGACCGAUCAAUUUAAGGGAUUCUGUUAUGUUGAGUUUGAGACUCUUAAGGAUCUGGAAUUGGCACUUGAUCGCGAUGGAAGGAUUCAAUUGGAUGAUCGUUCAGCCCCGCUUAGAAUUGACAUUGCUGAAAAGAGGAAGAAUGAUCGUGGAGGUGGCGGCGGUGGCGGUUUCCAAAAACGAGGACCACCACGACAGGGUGGAUCUAACCAGCAAUUCAAUCGUGGAGGUAAUGGUGGCGGUAUGAAUCGUAAUAACGACAACCGCAAUGAUAACAGAGGUGCGUACAAUGAUAAUUACGGACAAAAUGAUAGGAAUCGCGUUGGCGGUGGUGGUGGUAUGAAUAGAGGAUAUAAUGAUCGUCCUACGAAUCGUGGUCGUUAUGGAAAUUUCAGCGAUGAUCGCAAUUUCGAUCGCAAUAUGGAUCGCAACAAUAGGGAAGGCAGUUAUGGUGGCAGCAGUCGAGAUGGCGGCGAUCGUUACAACAACUAUAAUCGCCAACGAGGUGGUGAUCGUGAUCGCCAGUAUAAUAACUCAAACGACAGACCACCGUCGUCUGUUGGAUCUUUAGAUGACAGUGAAAGACCCCGACUUAAUUUAAAACCCCGAACUAUACAAACACCCAUUAACUCUUUGGCGGAGACAAAGCAGGCCGCUUCUAUUUUUGGCAAUGCCAAACCAAGGGAAGAGAAGCUUAAAGAGCAAGGAAAGGAAGCCCACGAAGAAGAAUAUUCAAGUUCUUAAACAAAAAUAUUAAAACAGAAAACAUUAAUUAAUGCAAAUUAUAAAGAAAAAGAAAAAUAGAAAGUAAUAAUUAUUUCACAGCCAAGAGCUGAACCAAGAGAGUUAAUUGUAUGGAAAAGAUAAAAAAAAAAAAGAAAUCAAUGCGAAUAUUCAAAAAAAAAAAAAAAACGAGAAAAUAAAUACAAGGAAACCAAAAUCUAUCUAUGAAAAAAAAAACAAGCGAAAGUGGAUAAAGAGAAAUAAUAAGCAAGCAAAGUAAGGAUUUCAUAAAAAAAAAAUAUUAAAGCUAGUUUCUUCUUUUUUAACUAUAAAAAAAAACAAUUAAAAUAAAGAUAUUUGUAUUUAAAUUUAAAUAUUAAGUAAAUAUUGAAUACCAAUAUAAAACAAAAUAAUUACUUACAAUAUAUAAAUAAAUAUAUAUGCGUAUAUUACUUUGUAAAAAAAAUAAAAUCAACUUUUUAAAAUAUUAAUUACAUACACUUACACUUUGAUAUAUUUUAUAUUCAAAUAUAUCUAGUAAUUAUAAUAUUUGUAAAGAAGAACAAAACAAAAAAAAAAUAAAUAAAUUUAAACUACCUAAGCUGACGAUCGAAUUAAGUAAAAAAAAAAAAUAAGUGGAAAUACCCACAAAAA